AUAACUAAUGUCAGGCUUAUUGGUCCAGAAGAUUUAUUAAUAGAGGGAGAAUCAUCUGCUAACAUCAGCUCUGAGGGAACUGGCAGCAUCACCUCUGUGCAGUGGAUGAAAGAUAACAGUCCUCUGUCUCCUAGCAACAGCAUCAUCUUCUCAUCUGAUAACAGAUCAGUGUCCAUCAGUCCAGUGCAGAGAUCAGACAGUGGAGAAUAUCAAUGUACAUACAGAAACCCUGCCAUCUCUGAGACGGCAACACUCAGCCUGAUCAUCAACUAUGGACCAGAAGAUAUUUCUAUUAAGGGUGAGGAUGUGGUCGAUUUAGGGGUUCGUGUGUCUCUCUCUUGCUCUGCAAAUUCUGAACCUGCUGCCUCAUUCAGCUGGAAGAUUAAUGAAACAGACACUGAUGUGACCACAGACACAUUCACCAUAGAUUAUACUGACUUCACACACAGUGGAGAUUACAUCUGCACAGCCUGGAAUAAUGUCACAAAGAGAAGCGCCACACAACAACAUGCUUUACUAGUUAAAGUAGGAGGAGGAGGAGGAGGAGGAGGA